AUGACAAGAGCAUUCACCACAACCCUAGACAUUCUCCGAGUUAUUGGAGGUCUUCUACUAGCGAAUGCUCUUCUCUCAUGGUGGUUUACUGGGUCCCCUACCUGGGGAUAUAAUGGCAAGUGGGCUGACACAAGGUACCUUAGGUAUAGAGCAUUCGGGCUGCCUGUUCAUCUUACGCUAGGAGAAUUGGCCAAGUUCGAUGGCUCCACCCCAGGCUCACCCAUAUACGUUUCAAUCAACGGAAGCAUUUACGAUGUGACGAGUUCCUCCAGGAUAUACGGUCCUGGUGGACCUUACCAUGCAUUUAGCGGAAAAGACAGCGCCAGGGCAUUUGUGACGGGGUGCUACGAAAAGGAGGAUGAAUUGACGCAUGAUCUUCGUGGUUUGGAUGAAGAAGAGAUUGAAGAACAAUUAGGCGGGUGGAUACGGUUUUUCAGUAAUAAUCCUCGGUACUGGCUUGUAGGAACUGUUGACCUUCCCGUUCCUACAGGCGAUAUCCCAUCGCCAUGUGAGCAUCAACGGUACCCUGGACACUGA